ACAAAUCCGUACAUUGAGCCAAAAAGUAAACUCAUAGAAAAUCUAUAGUCAUGUCGUGAAUUUAACAAACACUUUGUCAAAAAUCGUGGAUAGCUAAGUAAGAACAAUAUCUAUCCUCAUCGCUGAGAAGAUGCUGAGAAAAUAAAUGACGUGAAUCUGAAAUAAGCAAGGCGAACAGUGAGUUGUCAUUGACACAUAAUCCAUGCUCUCGAUUCUUUUUACGUGAUGAAAACGAAGAUUCGAAUGGAAUAAGAAUCGGUACAAGCAGAUGAAGAAAUGUGAAGCACGAAGGUGGCACGUUACAGACUUGGCGGAAACGAAGGCGGAAGUUAAGAAAACUGAUGUGAGAUUUACCGCAGUAUUACACUAGCGGCGCGUCGAGAGAGCACCUGGCGAGGGUCGGCCUGAGAUGACGGCCUUGCGAAAGGAUAUCACGGUAUCGCCGUAUAAAACGUUUUUCUUGAUGUCAAUAAUUGGGCUACUGCUCCAAAUUCAUUCAACAACGGGUGGUAUAUGUUGGUCGUCUCUUAGUAACGGCCGUUGUAAGGAACUUUUGUCGCAAGGUGUCACGAGAGAAAAUUGUUGCGCAUCUAAUGCAGCAGCAGCAACUGCCUAUUCCGAGGAGGAUCUUGAUAGUGGAAGUCUCUUCUUCUGGAGAGUUCUUGGUGGAGGUGUACAGUGUCGACCUUGUCGAGAGAGUUGCACGGAAGUUAGGUGCGAAGAAGGAAAAAAGUGUGUGGUACGUAGAGGAAGACCGAGGUGCGUAUGCAGUCCAGAGUGUAAAGCAUCGCGUGGUGGUGGUGGACCAGUCUGUGGAACAGACGGCAAGAGUUAUAGGAGCUUGUGUAGACUUAAAAAGCGAGCUUGCAAGAAAAACAGUCACGAACUCGCGGUUGCCUAUAACGGUCACUGCCAAAGUUCAUGCGCACGAGUUCGGUGCGGCCAAGGUCGAAGUUGUCUGCUGGAUCAAAACCUAAGCCCUCACUGUGUAAGGUGCACUCGCAAGUGCUCCCAAGCACUUCCGCAUCAAGUCGCAGAUUCACGCCCCGUCUGCGGAACCGACGGAACUACUUACAAGAGUGCCUGCCACUUACGACUCGCCGCUUGCCGCGCGGGCCGCGCCAUUCCCGUCGCUUAUAAGGGUCAUUGCAAACAAAGUGCAGACUGUACUAAGAUACGCUGUAAAGAAGGCCAAACUUGUUUAUCCGAAAUGAAGUCUGGACAUCCACGUUGCAUGACCUGUACUUAUCGUUGCCCGCGGAAACGGGAACACGUCCGAAAUAGAGCGCAUCGUGAUCGAGAUCGAGAUCCAUCAACGACCAUGUUAUGUGCGACAAACAACAUUACUUAUCCCAGCUGGUGUCACAUUAUCAAGGAUGCCUGUGUUACUGGCUUUGUUCUUGAAACACGGCAUGCGGGCCCCUGUAAUGCUUACGAUACAGCUCCUCUUUACAUCGAGGAAGAUAACACUUCAAACAAUUACGGUGUUGAUCUGGCGGAUGAAAAUACAAAAGUGGCUGAUGAUUACAUUAAAUCUCCUUAUGGUCUUCAUCCUGUGCCAUUAAAAACAUCUACUAAAAGACAACUCAGAAAAAAAGCAGGAUAGUUUAGUAAAAAUAUAUAUUCUAUUUCAUUUCACUGAAGGCAAAAUAUUUAAAUCUUAUUAACAUAUUUAAAUAAAAACAUGCGGUAUUUAAAAAAAAUUUGAGUACUUACGU